ACUUCUGAUGCCCUUGUGGAUGUUGUCAAGGAUUCAUGUAAUAAAACCUACUCUGAUAUCAUCAGAUCAGGACGAUAGUGGCAAAAUACUCAUCAGAUCAGACCAUGGCGGGACGCCGAACUUUUGCCGAAAAUCAUCAUCCCCGUAGCGAAUGUGGCAGGCAAGAAUCUCCCUGUCGGGACCCCACAAAGGCACGAGCUUCAGCAGUUCAAUUGCCGCACCCGUCACCCAGCUUCGAAAGGGCAACGCGAGCUCGGUUGGAUAAUAGACAUCGAGCUUGCCUCUGAUGCUGAACUUGGCAGACACUCCCAAGACAUCGUCGUCUCGUGUCCACAGCUCUCGAACCUGCUUGUCGGAGCUGACGAUGGUGGGCUUUGGGAUAUAGUGCCACAGAGGCUGCUCGUCGGGCUCUGUUGUCAUGGGAACGCCGAUCAGAUCUCGUGUCUCCAGCCGUUUCUGCACUGCCUUGCAGUCUCUGCAGAACAAACGAGCAUGAAACCUGAGAAGUAAAUCCAGGUCAAUCCAAAAAUGAGAAGCCAGGUCGCCAACGUUGUUGCGCGGAGGGCACAGUCCUUCCAGAAUCGCUCAUGGCCAUACUUCAGAGGGAAGGCGGUGGUCUUGCCGUCGAGCCUUCCUUGAAGCUGUGGAUCAACGAUUGAUUCAAAUGCACAAGGCCCUGCUGUGCAUGCUACUGAGGUCCAGGAGGAGUUCUCGUCCGGUGAAAGGGAGGUGCUUGGUACGGCGCGCCCGACGGAGAGCAUAUUCAUAAGCAUCACCAUCAGAAUUAUCCGAUCAGGAAUUAGCAAAGAUCCACAAGUCACUAUUGUCCAAGCAAGCCCGAUUGCUUGCACCGAUUGAUGAGUGUUGCACACGUGACUCCGCCCGCUUCUUUCCCUCGAUCCGCGGUCAACACUCAGUCCACCAAAUGUUCACCUGCUGAACACCCUCACUUCAGCUUGUGUGAGGUGAUCCAAUGAGCGGUGCUGAUGACACGAGAUGCCAACGAAUGCAGUCUGCGCGAUCUGCAGCACAUCGCCGUGCGCCACCAAGAUCACCACUGAGCCAGGAAGGCAAUCAGGAUAAGAGUGCCCGUGGUGGACCACCUCCACCUUGCCGCCCGAACACUUCAUCACCCUCUCCACAGUCACUGCAUCACCAUCAGCAGGGCUGCUGUCGUCGCGACUCGACUCGCCCUCGAUGCACUUGAUCAACCGCAUCACUCUGCUAAGCACCUCUUCACAUGACUCACAACCCCACUUGCGGUGAGAGGCGCUCUUGGCAUCCGCCUCCCAUACCCGCUCAUACAUUUUGGUCGACUGGCCGUUCAAACGGCCGAAAUUGCGCUCUCUCAGCCGUGAGUCGAGGAUGAACCACAUCUCCAGCUCGGUGCCCCGCUCUACUUCAUCCUCCUUCAGAGCCCUCUCUAAGCCGCAGACGAUGGCCUCCGCCGUCUCCGACGCCCGGCGGAAGGGCGAAGAGACGACCAUGACUCGCCGUGGCUUGGGAGUCAUCCCCAUGACGGCCUCUGCCAGAUCUUUGGCUGCCGCGUGAGCUUGGUGCUCGCCAAGGGGGGACAGGCCAUGUUGAGCAGUGGCCACUGAAGGGUCACUUGAAAUGAUGCCAAGCACGUUAGCCUCGGACUCGCCGUGACGGACGGCGAUGUAGAGUUCCUGCAAGGAAGCAGGUUCGACUCCGCCUUUUCGUGUGCUCCUCGGCUUCCUGCGGAAUAGAAAGGCCCUAUGUCGGUUGACUGCCCGCGGCAGAGGAAUAGUGUGAUGACUGCCCGCGGCAGGUAGGGCCAUCCACCAGGGGGAGAUGGCUCCGAAUGACACCAAAGAGAUGAGCAUCUUCAUCAAUGCGAGAGCGGUAGUGGUUGUCUGUCUUGUGUUCUGCUCAGUAGGUCAGAUCAACACAGGUCAGGUCGACUCAGGCGGGGCCUCGAGUGCUUGAAUGGAUGAGCGAAAAGCAACCUGCCAAUUGCAACCUGCCACACCACACCAGCAGAGCGCCAAAAACGCAUAUGAUCCACUCCAUCCA